CACGAACAUCUCCCGGAGCCUCAUCGUGCACAUCUGCAGUUCUCUCGCCUCCGUCAUCAUCCUCCGCAGAAAUGGCCCUUCCUGUUGUUGAACUUUCUGCUGUUAUGGAGCCAUCCGUCACGAGACCAGAGCGAGCCGCAGCAUCAGCCAAUCCGAGGCCUCGAGAAGUGGGCAUUGUCAGCCUAGACUCCGUCAACGCUGCUUGUCGGACCCUAAUGGCAGUCGGAGGCGAUGGCUCGGAAGUCGAUAUCGCUAUACGCAGUUGGAGGCUACCUGCGGCACGAAAGGGAAACGGCCACAUAAAAUCCCCUUUACCACUGUGAUUCCCAGCUCCUCUCCAUCCGCAUUCCUUCAAUAUCGAGUCUCCUCCCCGCCAAAAGGAAGCAAAGUUGCCCCUCCAACUACUUGUUAUCUUACAAUUGCUACAACACAACAACCAUGGCCGCGGGUGCGAUUUCUACUGAGGCUUCGGCGCGCAAUGAGUCGUCCUUGAAGCCGACUGCACGCUCGUUCCACCCCACCGGCACUCCCGAUCCCUCAAAGUAUCAUGCUGCUUCGACCAGUGAAGCCAUUCAUGCAGAGGCCGAGUACGCGGCACACAACUACCACCCACUUCCCAUAGUCUUCUCCAGGGCGAGUGGAUGCUCCGUGUGGGAUCCCGAGGGCAAGCACUAUCUCGAUUUCCUCUCUGCCUACAGCGCCGUGAAUCAGGGCCACUGCCACCCCGAGCUUGUCAAGGCGCUGACGGAACAGGCGUCGAGGUUGACGCUGAGCAGCCGCGCAUUCUACAAUGAUGUGUUUCCGCGGUUUGCGCAAUAUGUCACCAAGACAUUCGGGUUCGACAUGGUCUUGCCAAUGAAUACCGGAGCUGAGGCGGUCGAGACGGGUGUCAAGAUUGCGAGGAAGUGGGGAUAUAAGGUCAAGGGAAUCCCUCACGACGAGGCAUUGGUGUUUUCUGUGCAGGAGAACUUUCACGGGCGCACUUUUGCGGCGAUCACAAUGUCCACCGACCCUGAGUCUCGCGACAACUACGGUCCCUAUCUGCCCAACAUUGGCAGCGUAAAUCCGACGACUGGGAAGCCGAUCAGGUACAACAAUGUCGAUGAUCUACGGGAAGUGCUGGAGCAGCAUGGCAAGAAUACUGCAGCUUUCCUGGUCGAGCCAAUACAGGGAGAGGCGGGUAUUGUGGUUCCCGAUGAGAGCUACCUGCGCGAGGUGAGAGCGCUGUGCGACAAACACAAUGUCCUCCUCAUCUGUGACGAGAUCCAAACUGGUAUUGCGCGCACUGGCAAGAUGCUUUGCUACGAAUGGAGCGGGAUCAAGCCCGAUCUGGUUCUGCUAGGCAAAGCCAUCUCCGGUGGCAUGUAUCCUGUCUCGUGCGUUCUGGGCUCCAAGGACAUUAUGCUGACCAUUGAACCCGGCACGCACGGCUCCACUUAUGGUGGUAACCCUCUGGGAUCGGCCGUUGCGAUCCGAGCAUUGGAGCUCAUCCAGGAGGAGAACAUGGUCGAACGUGCAGAGAAGCUGGGCAAUCUGUUCCGCGAGGGGUUGAAGAAGAUCAACAACCCAAUGGUCCAGAUCAUCAGGGGAAAGGGUCUCCUGAAUGCGAUUGUCAUUGACGAGACAAAGACGGGCGGUCAUUCCGCAUGGGACCUUUGCAUGCUUUUCAAGGCGAAGGGUCUGCUGGCCAAACCAACCCACCAGAACAUUAUCCGUCUUGCGCCUCCGCUUGUGAUCACAGAGAAGGAGAUUGAGACUGCGUUGUCGAUCAUCAAGGAGGCCAUGGAAGAGUUGCCUACGCUUCAAGGCGCCAAGGAGGAUGAGAUCAUUCCCCCUGGCGAGAAGGGCGUUCGCAUCGGGUUGGAUGACUAGGGAUAUGUUUGGUGCGUGUCAGUGUUAGCAGAUGACGAUAUAUGUGGACUCCGCACAAGCGAGGAUGACCAGGUUUAGAGAAGCGGUUCACGCCUAUACCCCUUUCUACUGUCUCAGACUGUCUUGGUGGUAUAGUUAGAUGUGUAUAAAGAGAGCGAGACCUUUUGUUGGCGACACAGUCGCUUUAUCCGACUGUAUAUACGGUAAGAAGAAGAAUGCAUCACUUUCGAAAGCAAUGAUUAUGAUGCGCAUUCGCAGUUGUCCAAUAGUUUAAGGCC